AUAAAACUUAAUACACUUAUGUAAAGCUGUCGGAACACAAGGGGCGAAUGAAGAAGACGCUGGGAUAUACACAUUCAGUAGAGGUCCCUCUUAGCCAAUUGGAUGCCGUGAAUGCUAGGCAAUAGCCAAUGGCAGAGGAGCUAUAAGUAUGUUACGUUUAGUAAACUCUGGGAUCUGCUUGCCAUUCGUAUCCUGAAAUCUUUCGUAACAAGAGGCAAUAUUUUCCCGUUGAGGCGUGUCUUAACCUGAAAAUUCUGUGUGUUGAGACGUUCAUAAGUAGAGGUAACACUGUAUAUUAAAUUACCCUCACUUUAGUUUUAACACCCCUAAAAAAUCCUGACCUGUUUAUGGUGGCGCACCACGUCCUUUUUGCGCUUGAAGUUCUUGUUGCAAACCUCGCAGGUGAAGAGCCGUUCAUUGCUGUGUACAUGCUUCUCGUGAAUCCUCAGGUUGCUGCGGUUGGAGAAAGUCUUCUCACAGGUUUUGCAACGGUAUAGUAGGUCGGCUUGGAUUCCGUGGCGGGUGCUGCCGCGACACGGGAAGAGAAACGGGAUGAGGAACUGGACCACUCAAAGCUCUCAACUUUUUAGUUGCAGGCUCUUCUCAUAUUGGAAGAUCCUCUGGCAGUCAUUGCAACUGAACUUCCCUUUGGAGGACCUCUUUGAGAUCGUGCCUUCCUCGUCCUCACUCGCAGAGCACAGCAGCGGACUCAGAGUUUCCUCAUCAAAGUCAGAAGAAAUGGACCUCUUUGACGACCUCUCUGUACCUGUCUCGGUCUCUAUUGAUGACUCCACUACCACAUCUGACCCAAACACGUCAUUCUCGAUGCAAACCCUGGCCAGCUCCUUGCAGUCCAAAAGCUUGGCCGCUGCAUGCACAUCAGCUAUUCUGGUCUGGACCAACUCUACCUUACCCGUGUACACAAACUCCAAAAAGUCAAAAAAGUCACACGGUAGCAUGUUGGAGAGCGGGAUUUGGUCUGGGAUGCCAUCCUGGGAUAGGAAGAUGUUACUGAAAUAGCCGCUAGAAGCGGCGAGGACCACCCGGUGAGCUUGGAACGCUUUCGAUUGGCCCUGGUAGUCCACCUGUACGGUGAUGUCACUCAGGUGUCCCUGCAGCCUCAGCUGAUAAAGACUGUCUAGGACUUUCUGAGAGUGGGAUUCGGAGGUGAGCUGGACCACCGCCAUGCCCACAUGGAGUGACUGAUGGAAACAGAAGGGAAACUUCAGUAAUUAAGGAUUCUCCAGUAGGUAACACACAAACUUGAAAACGUCACACUAGCCUUGAAACCCUAGCAAAAGUAGCUGUAUUUGUUUUACUGUGUGACCACACAAUAAAGAAAUUUAUUUUACUUGAAUCACUUUACAGCAGGGAUCUAUAUAGUAACAGUUAUAACUCGUAUUAUUUUCACUAGUUAACAAAAUUAGUCUGAGUUUUCUUGUUUGGCUGUCGGGUUGAAGGUUAGCAUAGCUGCCAACAAGGUAUUAAAACGAGCUAACGAAAGCUUCUAGUAAAUUCUUCGGAAAACAUUGGCUCGUUUCUUGUGUGACUAAUUUGAGCAUCACACAAGCGACUCUGCUUCGAAUAGCGUUGAAGAGACAGCGGCUUUCUUACCGUAAGGUCGCUAAAAUGGCAGCCCGCCUGAAAACACUGCUAUUGUAUUUACCCGAAAUACACACGUAACUUAAUCCGCAGAAGAAGGUGGACGUGGACGGCAAACCCGUUAAGACAAAACGGCAAACGAAUAAAAACUAAAAAGGAAGAAACCAACGCACCUUGAAAGAACCUGCACAAACAGCCUGAGCAUGCAAACUCCACACCUGAAGACCCAAGCCUGCAUUCUAACAUCAGAACUAACUAUUGAACCUCAGACGUGAAACAGUGGAACUCAAAAGUGCAACCAAAGUCCCAUGGCCAGAGGGGUAAUACAUGCUGACUGCUUGAAUGGAACCACGGGAAAGAGGGGAGGGCGUCGUGAGCCAAUGGGAAUCCGGAAUGCCAAUGACGUAAGAGAGGCGGGGCAGGAGGCUUCGGAGUUGCAGUGUGUGACGUUCGAAUCGGUGUGCACUGUGCGGCUCCACUCUGCACGGAAGGAACCAGGCAGGAUCCCCCUCUGUCCUCCCCAGCCCAAGUUAGAGGCACCGCGCGCACUACGGGAGAGGAUGUCCUGCUGAAUCGAGGGAUAGGCCCGGGAAAGUCAGCCGGCCCCGUCCCCUUCCUUCCUUUUUUCCUUCCACCUAUCACCGCACGACAAGAGACAACCUCCUUCCACCUGGAAGCGAGAGAGCGAGGACGACGUCUUCUAGCCCCCCCCCCCCUCCUGCAACACCUACUACCACCACGUCCCUUUUUUCUAAGGGGGCUUUCUCCGUGAUUACCCUCGCGCGUGGAUUCUAUGGAACAACGGCCGACCUGGUACUAGUUAGCACGGAGGCUAACUAGUUAGCUACACCUGCUAACCACCGGUUUUCUCGACAGCAACUGGGAACAAGUUGUCUUUCUCGGUCUUUUCUGUUGUUUUUACGGCUUUAACGAGCAUUUUUUUUUUCAAAUUCUUGUUUCUAUUUUACGAAACGUGCCAUUGUAAUAUUUUUCAUUUGUUAUUUUUACACCGGUAAAAUAAGCUAACACAUGAGCAGCUGCUUCUUUUCUAGUUAGCUCGCUCUCAAUUCAUUGACUUUUUCUAGCAGUUUAAAACGCUGUAAUAAAUUUACUCAAGAAUAGUUUGAGGCUCUGAAUUAAGACGUUUUAGCACUGAAUGGGAAAACAAAGACGAGUGGAGCAAGAAAGCUUUUUCCUGUUGUCCUGCAAGUUGCUUCAUAUUUAAUUUGGACCCCGCUGACCAAGCGGUAUCCCAAGUGAAGUCUUCGUCUCCGAUCCCCGUGGACCUAUUACAUCAACAUUCCCCCAUGAACAUACAGAGGUCACGUCCUAUUAACAUUUCACGUCAUGGCAGAUCGCGACACAAAUCGCACGACUUCGAAGAUUUGUCUUGCUUGAGGAGCGCCGAGUCGCACCAGAGCUUCAGCCCUAACCUCGGCUCGCCCAGCCCGCCGGAGACCCCCGACGCGUCGCACUGUAUCUCCCGCAUCGGGGACUACCUGCUACUGGAGCCCCUGGAGGGGGACCACGUCUUCAGGGCCGCCCACCUGCACAGCGGCGAGGAGCUCGUCUGCAAGGUGUUCGACGUUGGCCGCUACCAGGAGUCUCUCGCGGCCUACUUCGCCCUGGGCUGCCACCAGCACAUCAACCAACUCCUGGAGGUGCUGCUGGGCGAGACGCGAGCCUACGCCUUCUUCGAGCGUAGUCAUGGCGACAUGCACUCAUUCGUGCGCACCUGCAAAAAGCUGCGGGAGGACGAAGCCGCGCGACUCUUUUACCAGAUCGCCUCAGCCGUGGCGCACUGCCACGACGGCGGUUUGGUGCUGCGAGACCUCAAGCUGAGGAAGUUUGUCUUCAAGAAUGAGGACAGAAGCGCUCUAAAGCUGGAGAGCCUGGAGGACACGUACAUCCUGGCCGACGGCGAUGACGACUCUCUCUCGGACAAACACGGCUGCCCGGCCUACGUCAGCCCGGAGAUCCUCAACGCCGGGGGCAGCUACUCGGGCAAGGCGGCCGACGUCUGGAGCCUGGGCGUCAUGCUCUACACUAUCCUGGUAGGCCGUUAUCCCUUCCAUGACGUGGAGCCCGGCUCGCUCUUCAGCAAGAUCCGCCGCGGCCACUUCAGCGUACCCGACACGCUCACGCCCAAGGCCAAGUGCCUGAUCCGUGCCAUUUUGCGCCGCGAGCCCGCCGAGCGCCUCACUUCGCGCGAGAUCCUCCAGCACCCCUGGUUCCACGCUGCAGCCGCCGCUUCAGCAACAAGCGGCCGCGGGGAGCCGGAGCAGACGGUACCUGAGGUGAACAUGGAGGAGGAGCACUUGUUCAGCUGAGCACACGCCCGAGCACAAACGGAGCACAGCUGUACUGUAGUUUAGCCAUCUUGUUGCUUUUUUUUUUUUUUUUUUUUUUUUUUUUAAUUUUCCUCAACAACCUCCAAGCCUGGCAUGAUGAACAUCAAAAGCUGACCCACGAAUAAUAAUGUAGCAACACAUGCUUUAAAAAAAAAAAAAAAAAAACAACAAAAAACUUCCUUCGUUUCGGUUUGAUGUGGUGCUCGUAACAAGUAGACACAUUUUUGACACUACGGCAAGCAUGAAGGGACUCGAUGACGGAAUCCUCAUCAUUACUGGGAAAAAAAAAAAAAGAUUUUUUUAUAUUACUCCGCCUCUGCUUUCAGUCCCGGAAUCUUUCGCGACACCACACCGCUGCCAUUUAGUCGUGUCGUCCACUUGUUACUGUAUGUGUCCCGCCAUUUUGAAUUCGGAACUUUUAGGUGGAAAAAUUCGGUGAAUGUUUAAACUAGAAACUUUUCACGGGAACAGAUGUAGAAUUAUGGGAAUGAAUGGGAAUUUGCUUUAAAUGAGCAAAAUUGAAGUAUGAGAUUAGGCAAUUUUAGUGUAAUCAUGAUUGAAAACAACCAGAUUUUCGUGUAAGUACAACGGUAGGUACCUUGACUUGAGAGUGCCUCGUUCCUGUUUUUUUAGUUACUUUUUCAAACUUUACUCGGUCCUAAUUUUGCGUUUUGUUUUGGUUUAAGAGACCAAAUUUAAGGUACGAGUAAUUACGUUGAGUACCGCCUUUGUAUUUUGGCGAUAAGUGAGCAAAUUGAGUAAAUUAACCUAAUUUUCCUCUCAAAUCGUGAAUUCCAAAACACCAUUCCCGUUUAUUCCCAUGUACUCGUGAAAAAUCUCAACUCUAAAAUUCCCGGAAUUUUGCAACGAAUAAGCCUCCUGUUACAAAAUCUUCCGCCGCCGUUUGGUGGCGUCGUGCACUUGACGUGUGGCCACGUUUGAAAUUUUCUAUUUAAUGUCUUUAGAAAAACAGCGUUUAUUUAUAUCAAACAGCUAUAUAUAUCUUUAUCUAUAAAUAAAUAUAAAAAAAGUAUAUAUAUUUAAAAAGUAAUUGCAUUGCAGGUUUUUUUUCUUUUCUUAAUUUUGACACAGGACGCUUCGUCUGACGCUCGGAAGCCAUCUUGCGUGCCAGUAUUCCCGCCGCCACUCUCCUCCCACUUCCCUCGGCGACAGUAUUCUCCAUGUUACUUGAAUUUGUACUUUCUUUUUAAAAAAUCAUUUUCGGCAUGCGCCCCACGAAUGCUAUAAGCUUUCCUAGGAGCAAAGAGGGGGAGUUGUCGGGAUGUAUCGGCGUAAAAAGUUCUCCCAACACCUCCAAGUCUAGAAGACAAAUGCUUUGUUUUUGUUAUUUUUUAGACGGAGCUUCCUUUUUUGAGUUAAGUUGGUGCUGAUUUGGUGCUAAUGUUUAGUCCUGGAGAAAGGGGGGUCUUGGUUGAUGCAUGGUGGGAUAUCUGCCUCGGAUGUUCUGAUUGUAUCGUUUGAAAAAAAAAAAAAAACACAAAAAGAAAAAAAAGAUUCUAGUGUUUUGUCCAAAUUUAUUAUUCCGUAAAUAAAAUUGUGAAUUGCGA